UGAAAACACGAAAGCUGACACGAAGACGUGUUUGACAGUCUAAUCGCGUUGAAUUAUUGAUAAAAUAACUCAUUCCUUCACUGAUUCUAACUGAAAUGACAAGAUGUGGUCUUUCUUUAGUCGAGAUCCCACUAAAGACUUUAAUUAUGAAAUCGGAGAGCCCGUUGCUGGCUUAGAGGGGAAGAGUAUUUGGACACUUUAUAAUGGAAAGAAGAAGGCAACAGGUGAACGGGUCUCUAUUUUUAUGUUUGAUGUGAAAUCAGCCAGUGAAUCACAGUUAAUGGUAGCAAAAGGAGCCUUUAAAAGAAUCAAAACUUUACGACAUCCAAAUUUUCUCACAUUUCUAGAUGGGAUAGAGACAGAGAAAGUGCUGUAUAUAGCCACAGAAUGGGUGACACCUUUAGAAACCUAUUUACAGAAUGACGAUGGGGAUAGAAAAAAUGAAUUAGCAAUAUCCUGGGGACUUCAUCAAAUUAUUAAAGGUUUGUCGUUUUUAGUGAAUGAUUGUCGAUUGAUCCAUAACAACGUCUGUCUGUCAUCUGUAUUUGUGGAUCAGGCUGGUGAAUGGAAACUAGGUGGAGUUGAAUAUAUGUAUUCUACCGAGGGCUCUGAUUCUUUUCCUCCUGUAAAAAUAUUUCCGGCUCUAGAAAGAUAUGAUCCUCCUGAAAAAACAGAUAACAGAACUCGACCAAAGGGGGAAGCCUGGUCAUCAGAUAUGUGGGGAUUAGGUUGUUUAAUAUGGGAAGCCUUCAAUGGAACAUUACCAAGGACCUCAUCUUUAAAAUCUCUAGGAAAGAUACCUAAGAGUUUAGUCCCCUGUUACUGUGAAUUAGUUGGUGCAAACCCUAAAGCUCGACCAAAUCCAGCCAGAACAAUAGAGUUGUCUAGGAAACCAAAUGGAUUUAUGAAGAAUGAAUUUGUUGAUACUAUGUUAUUUUUAGAAGAAAUACAGAUUAAAGAUGCAGGAGACAAGACAAAGUUUUUUUCCAGUUUAACUAAGUCUAUUGAUAGUUUUCCUCCGAUGUUUUGUCGUCAUAAAAUACUUCCACAACUGCUGAAUGCGUUUGAAUACGGAAACGCUGGCUCAUCAGUAUUAGCACCUUUAUUUAAGUUAGGUAAAAUGUUAGAUAGUGAUGAAUAUCAGAAGAAAAUAGUUCCAUGUGUUGUUAAACUUUUCUCGUCACCAGAUCGUAAUACCAGAGUUAAACUUUUACAACAGGUUGAUUUAUUCGUAGAACAUUUAAAUAAUGAUACAGUCAAUAAUCAGAUAUUUCCUAAUAUAGCUACAGGUUUCAUGGAUACAGUUCCCAUAGUUAGAGAAUGUACGAUCAAGGCAAUGUUACAUCUAGCACCAAAAUUAAAUUAUAAAAAUCUUAACGAAGAAUUGAUGAAACAUUUUGCCCGACUUCAGUCUAAAGAUGAUCAGGGUGGUAUAAGAACUAAUACAACUGUUUGUUUAGGUAAAAUAUCCAUGUAUCUUAGUCCUACAAUAAGACAGAAGAUAAUAUGUUCAGCAUUUUUACGAGCGUUAAAAGAUCCAUUUCCACCACAACGACAAGCUGGUAUCCUAGCAAUGGCUGCCACACAGAACUACUUUAAUUUACAGGAAGUAGCCCAGCGUCUGCUACCAUCUUUAUGUGGUAUGACCAUGGAUCCUGAUAAAGGUGUUCGUGAUCAGAGUUUUAAAGCCAUUAAAGGAUUUAUUGCAAAAUUAGAAAAAGUCUCAGAAAAUCCAGAACUGUUGGAAGACAUGGAGCGUGAAGUUAUGACAGGAGGUAGUGCUGGGGGUGGUAGUGGUUGGGCCGGAUGGGCUGUAACUGGUAUGACAUCAUUAACAUCUAAAAUCUACAGUAAAGCUACAACAGCAAGACCAGCUAAUAAACCAGGUGUUGAGAAUAGAACAAGUCCUCCGAAACAAACGGCUCCAUCUACUACAGCAAGUAAUCAGGGAGAGACAACUCCUAAACCAUCCAUGAAUUAUCAACAACCAGAAGAAGUUGAAGAGGAGGAAGAAACUGGUGGUGAUGAUGAUUGGGGAAAUAGUGGUUGGGGGGAUAUGGAUGAAUCUGAUGUAGAUGGUAAAGAUGAAGUAAAAGUAUCUGGUAAUGAUGGCUGGGAUGAUGGUGAUGAAGAUGAUUGGGGUAGUUUAGAAGAUCCAACGCCUACUUCUAUAAAUAAUAAGUCGAGUAAAUCUAGUAAGGGAGGUAAAUCUGGUGAAUGGGGAGAUUGGGGAGAUGAUUUUGUAAGUACUGAAGGAUCUGGUCUACCAUCAGCGAGUAGUUAUAACUGGGGACAGACGGAAAAUACUGAUGAUUUCUUCUCAGCUAACAUGUCAAAAGAAAAGCCAAGAUCCCGACAAGGAACUCCUGUUAGAAAAACCACACCACCUCGUCAGAAUCCAGACAGCAGCAUGCCUGCCAAACCUAAGCUGUCUACUAGUCAAUCUACGCCACCUAAAAGUGUUGAUGGUUGGGAAGUAGAGGAGAGUGGAUGGGGAGAGGGGGAUGGAUGGAAUAAUGACUCCUGGGCUACAGGCUCCAAUAAAUCUGAUGACAAACAACGUCGGGAGGAGAAAAAACUACAGAGACAGCGUGAAUUACAAGAAAAACGGGAGGCUAGAAAGGCUAGCGGUGCAAUGAAACUUGGUGCCAAAAAGAUGGCGCAAUCCUAGCAUCAAUUCCUGCCAUAACAAAACUCUGUUAGUGCUUAUCCUAUUUAUUUCUGUGAACUUUCUUCAGGAAGCUGGACAAUAAUUCUACAGAUUUGUUCACUGGACAACAAUUCUACAGGACAAACACGUGACCGGUCUCCAAUAUGACAUCAGUUUUUUUGCUUGUUUGAUUUGGGUUUGGAAUCUCUCUCUGACAUUUUUUGUGUUUAAAAGAUUUGAUGCAGGAAACAAGAAAUUAAUACCAGGAAAAAAAAAUUAAAUGUUUAAAAUAACGGCACUGAUCUUGAUCGGUCAUUUAUCACAGCUUAAUCCACGCCAAAAUGUAUUCAAAUUUAAUUUUAAUAAUAAAAUGAACAGUAGAUAACCUUUCAGCUGAUAUUUCCCAUUGAUAUUUAUUAAUUAUUAGAUAUUGUGCCAAAAAUGACCGAUACUAUGAUACUAAUUCACAGUUAAAGAUUAUACACACAAACAUAAUCCUGUAUUCCAUGAAGGAUAGGUCGUUAUAUAAGUCAAGUUUUGUGCAAUAGUAACUCUUAUGUCUACUUUCACUUAUCCCAAAGGGUGGCUUACUUGAGCCAAAGUCUUUCUUAUUUUAGAUAUUAAUUAACAGUAGAAUAACGGCUAGAAAUAAUACUGAAUAAUGUCACUUAAAUAGCCAAGUCUCUAAUUCAAAAUCAUCCAACGUCAAUUUAUUUGUCAAUUUAAAUCAACAGUGAUGUUGUGAUUUUACCGGGAAAAGAUGGGCUUCUGAUAUCCUAUAUUUAAGACAAAAUAAACAUUUUACCAUUGGUACAUAAAUCGUGUACCCUAAUAUGUUUCGGCGUAGAGGUCUUUAGCAGUGGGAGGAAACCAGAGAAAACCCACAAGGUUGGACAGGCGACGCUACUCCUUGUCAUAUACAACUGGGGAAUCGAAACCACGCCAGUUGACCCAAUGACAGACCUUAUGAUACUAUGCGCACACGCUAACCAUUCUGCCAUGCCCCCCUUUCUAGUAUAUAGAGUUCCUGUUGAAUUAUAUGACGAUAUUUAGAUUGUAUACAUCCUAUAUGGUUAGAAGUAUAAUAUAUAUAGUUGUCUAGUCCCUCCUGAACAGAAAUACAUUCGACCUACGAUCAUUUAUCAAAUAUAGGGUGGCUCAGUGAGUAAGAUGUUGGCUCGCUAAUCCAGGGGACGUUAAACCCCAUUUCAUUUCAUAUCAAAUAUAAUAUCAGUCAAACUAAUCCUGGUUUAUUCUGUUCAGUGGGGAGUAUCAUACUCUCUCCAGGCCGAAAAAAAUAAUCAUUUUAGGUGUAUAUGUAAAUGAUGGGGAUUGUAUGACGUGCGCUAUAUCAUAAGGUCUGUCAUUGAGUCAACUGGUGUGGUUUCGAUUCCCCGGCUGUACGUGACAAGGAGUAGGGUCAUCUGUCCAACCUCGUGGGUUUUCUCUGGGUCCUCCGGUUUCCUCCUGCGAAUUAUGGAAAUAAAAUUGAACUAUAUGUUAGUCCCAAAAUGACCUAGUUUGUGUCAAGUGGACCUUAAACACCAUUUUUGUCUCUCGUGUAAAAGACAAUACCUGGCAUUUUGAUUCUUGUGCCUGACAUGUAUUAUUAUAAAACAUAUGUGAUCCAGACGAAACAACAGUCUGGCGAACAACAAUUGGUGCUUGUUGUCUGUGUCUGGCGCCGCCUAUUUUUCGUGAUAUACACGUAUAUGUAGAUAUAUAACGUGACCUGUGAUAGAUAAAUGAGUUGAAAAUAGCAAGUCAUUAUUUACAAUAAUUAUAUUGAACAAAAAUAUUGAAAUAGGCUGAAAAUGAAAGUAAAAAAAACAACACUUACUUGAUUUGUCAAAUAUAAACUUUCAUUCAAAAGAUGUUUGACAUUCUUGUUGACUACCCGGACGAUUUAGCUGCUGUGGGCGUAUGUUUCGUUGCCCGGCAACCUAUUUUUGUUCAUAUAGUAAAAGACUUGUGAACUCAGUUUGCUAUCAUGUGUCUCAUAUAAUGGGGUAAUGCAGGUUUUACUAUGGCUAGUUAUCAGUAUUUUACAGAAUAUAUUUUGUUGCAUGAAUGAAUGAAUUUGUUAAUAAAACUAUUACUAUUUAA